UUUAAUGCCAAUUGUAUACAAAUAAAGACAGAACAAAACAUAAAUUUAUACAAGCAAGAAUUAGAACCCUAUCUCUGCAACAUCACAUUUCUUCAAUCUAAAUAUUACCAAAUAAAUGCAGGUUUUGAGAACGCAAGCUCUUGCCAUUUUGGCUCCUGUUAUCAUGUUGAUACAAGGGCCCGAGUUAUCUUUUUUGACCUCGGUGCUGCUGAAUUGGACGGUUUUUAUCAAAAGCGGACUUCUUCAAGGCUCUCACUGUCCAUUGAACAACCUCGGGCCUCUGGCAGGGAGCAUGAAGGCCUGAUGAGUUGGCCUGAGAAUUUCUUUACAGCGAGGAACUCUAACGUGACCGACGCACCACCAACUACCUUCUCAGCUAGAGCAAUGGAACUGAGCAUCUAUGGCACCAUGAUGAAUGACGGGCUAAGGGAUUUCAGAAGCUUCUACAGAUCUUCGCAAAGCAGACAAAACCAUAGUCUGUCGUAUCCUCAUAUACCCGCUGAGACGACGACAAAUGUUUGUCCUCUUUUAUCCGUACAAUCUGAAGGAAAUAGCGCGAACAUGAGGCUUGGUAACAGACAGUUAUUCAGGAUAGCACCAUUGCCUCUGCGGCCUGUGAGAAGGAGACAACGAAAUGUUGAGGGAGAUGAUUCAAGUGAUGAUGAUUUGGGUGGGGAAGUCGUCGUGCUAAUCGAUUCCCCAAGCACUAUUUCAUUCAGCAAUGUUUCUUGAGGAAAGCUUAGGCGUCAGAAAUGUGAGAAAUCUUUCAAUGAUUUCUCAGAAGCUUCCGGGUUUCUUCUGAGUUUCUCAAGUUGUAUAAUAAUCAAGAAGGCAGCUGCUUCCUGUCAUUAUUUGGUUGGUGGAAAUUAAACAGCUGCUGGUUUGCUUGAAACUUAACUCCCCAUUCUGAGGCUUAUCAUAAAUAAACAAUGCUAGGAUAUGGUUUUUAUGCAAAUGUUUAAUGUUAUGCUAAAAUGUUUACUGCUAUAUGUUCAUCUUAGUGGAACGUGA